GCUGGAACAUGAAAGAAGCCGAAUAUCAUGUCUACAGAAUGCCAUGCGAAAAAGACAAGGACACUGAGAUUUACACGAACUAUACUGCUUUUCCUGACUACCGAUGCAUUGCAAAAGGAAAUGGCACCGCUAGUGUUAUUUUGAUGGGAGAUUCGAUUGCAUGCAGAGCAUAUUUUCGUUUUAAUGCUCCAAUCAUAGAACUGGAUACAGAUUUUGUUUACAAACAGUCUCAAAGCAACAUUGAGUUUAUCAGUAAAUACACGAAACAUUUUGUUCUUGAUCUGCCUUAUUGCACGCCUGGAAUCAAUGUUGGUGCUAGUCUUGCAAGAAAACUUCAGCUUGGUCUUCUGCCUGUUUUAGAUUACAGCAGUGCGCCGAAAGGACACGUUAUCAAACGGUACGAUUGCGCUCACUAA